AAAAAUUGUUUCGGCCCUUGCUUGGGUAUUGCACCUGUAAAACAGAGGUUCAGACGUACACCGUUUUUAUUUAUCCCUUCUUAUCUCAAAUGCAAUACGGCAUAAGUCAUAUUUGCGCUGAUUUAAGGUAUAUUUAGGUGUUUAACCCCAGCCGAAACCAUGUUUUCCUCAUGCCUCUUCCAGUGGUAAACUGUGCCUGAUCUCUGCAUAACAACGGAGGCCUUGAGAGACAGGUGAAACGGAGGCAGCCUGCCGGGAUGUCGGGGCAGCUGGCUAUGGUUCAGACGUGAGGCUGGAGAGAGUGGCGCUGCUAUGCUGCCGGGAGUCGGUGUGUUCGGCACAGGGAGCACAUCCCGCGUGCUGGUGCCGCUGUUGCAAGCAGAAGGGUUUGAGGUUCACGCACUCUGGGGGCGAAGCGAGGAGGAAGCUGGUUGUUUGGCGAAAGAACUUGGCAUUCCAUUUCACACCAGCCGGUCGGACGACGUGCUGCUGCACCAAGACGUCGACCUUGUCUGCAUCUACAUUCCACCCUCCAUGACUCGGCAGAUUGCUGUCAAAGCACUGGGCAUCGGUAAAAAUGUUGUGUGUGAGAAAGCCGCAACUGCUGUGGAUUUUUUCAAAAUGGUGACUGCAGCCCGGUACUACCCCCAGCUGCUCAGCAUUGUGGGUAAUACCCUACGCUUCCUGCCAGCUUUUGUUGCAAUGCGCCAGCUGCUGGUGGAAGGAUAUGUGGGUGACGUGCAGGUGUGUGAUGUCCGAGUGUACGGCCCCAGCCUCCUGGACCAGUCAUACGGGUGGACCUGUGAGGAGCUCAUGGGAGGAGGCGGCCUACACACGGUCGGCUCAGCCAUCAUUGACCUUUUAAGUCAUCUAACUGGAGCGCGGGCCCAGCGUGUGCACGGUUUACUGCGGACCUUUGUACAGCAAAAUGGGUCAAUCCGUGGCAUUCGCCGCGUCACAAGCGAUGAUUUCUGUUUCUUCCAGAUGUUGAUGGGUGGACCUGGGUCUGGCUCCGGGACUGGCUCAAGUGGUGUGUGUUGCACCGUGACCCUGAACUUCAACAUGCCAGGGUCGUUCGUGCAUGAGGUGAUGAUAGUUGGAUCCACAGGGAGAUUGGUUGCCAGGGGGACAGAACUGUAUGGACAGCGCAAUGGUUGUAAUGGUGAGGAGCUGUUGCUAGGAGACAGUGGGUGGGUUGGACCAGAGGUCCGAGAGAUGCCCUUGCCUCACCUUCGGGGGCUGAGCUCCAUGGUAACAGCACUGAGACAGUCUUUUCAGGCACAUGAGGAGCGCAGGUGUUGGGCUCAUGGACCAGUUGCCAUGGCGCCAACAUUUGAGGAUGGGUUGUAUGUGCAGACGGUGGUCGAGGCAGUGAAAAGGUCGAGCUGUAGCGGAGAAUGGGAGUGUGUUGAGAUCAUGACUCAGGAACCAGAUCCAAACCACAACCUGUGUGAGGCACUGCAAAGAAACAAAAACUAAAUGUCUUGUACACCCAGUGCAACCACUACAUGUCUGAAAGGACAAAACUGGGUGUUGAAUGUUUUACCCAUUAAUUCAGUUGCUUAGGCAAAGUACUUUUCCCUUGACUAUAUGCGCAUUCUUCACAUUUUCACAUUGUACCACAUUUUGAACAGAAUAUUUUCAUUGAGAAAUCAUAUCUCAAUAUUCUCUGUAGCCUUACACCUUUGGUAGGUUUAGGUUUUAAACUUUUUUUUUUUUUAAAUUUAGCUCUAUUAUUCUGAUUCUCAACAGAAAAUGUUGCUCAUAUUCAUAGCAAUUAAAGCAACAUAGUGUCGCCAGGUGAAACACUUCAAUUUUUACUUGGUUUCACAACCUCUGCCAUUAUCUUCCAUAGAUACAAAAUUAGAAUGGAAAAAAUAAAGAAGACAUGGUCCAUCAUCAUUCACUAUGUGUUCACAGACAGGGGAAGUUCAACAGGUUUGCCUGCUAAACUCUGGAUUGAGUCACCUGUUUGUGAGGCGCCACACCUUGACCAAGUACUGGCCAAGGGGAAAUGGCUGGAUGUUAAAAAAAUAAAUAAAUAAAAUAAAGAACUUAUCUUUUUCUAUGUUAACUUUUUUUAGCUAAAUGUUUGAAGUAGUGUUUCCAUACUGAUGGAGCAAGGAUGCAAAUCACUUGUUCUUGGGACAGUAUGAUUAGCCAUGAGGUGGACCAGUUUCCAAAUAACUGCUCUUCCUGAGAUGUGCCAGCGUAUUUUUUUUUCCACUUUGAGCAGCUCUGUGAAUGUUAAUUUCAGCAGAUCAUCAGUGGCUGACGCACUUGACAGAGAUGGAGGGUACAACAGAGGGUUAAAAGGUGAUCCUAGAAUCCGUUCACAUAAUAAUAUGUAGGGCUUGAAAGUCAUCAUGUUUAGACAUUUGGGAGUGGUUAACCAAAAGUGUGUCAGGGACGUGCCCAUGAUCUCCCAGCAGCCUUAUCUAUGACCAGCCGUUCAACAUUUGUCUUAUGUUAUUGUUGCAGUCACUAAGCUAGCAUUUGCCCAAAUGUUGGGUAUCAAACUAAUGUUGAAGCCAUUUGUUUGGACAUUUUCUUCAGUUUAAAAGUUUACCUUAUGUUUAAAGUACCAACUGAAAUAUCUUGAGGACCAUCCUCCUUGUAUAGAACAUGUAGAUGUUAAUAUUUUUUGCUGAAAAAUAUGGGUGUUCAAGUUUGUAGUUCUGACACUAAUAGCACCUUAGUUUGAAAGGAGCGUUUACUUUGGACAUAAAUAUGAAUACAAAGGCGUGCCAGUGAUUUGAUUAGCAAAGUGCUUUUGCUGAUGGUGGUUGGUGACACUGGAGGAAUUCAAAUGAUGGUGCAUAAUGUUCCAUCACUGGAGCUCAGAAUAAUAUUUUGUCUAAGAAUAUUGUUACAGAGAAGUUUUCUUUUUAUUGUUUUGAAUGGAUAAUAAGAAUAAGUUUAUACAGUUGAAUAAUAUUACAAGGGGUUAGAGUACUUGACAUCACUCAGUAUGUAAGAAAAUAUUGUAAAAUAGCCUGUGUAGAAAAUGGAGAAACAAAGCAGUCUAAUAUUUGGCAUUUCUUAAAUUUUAACAUUAACAAAAUCGUGCUUAUCCUAGACAGACAUCACAGAUAAUUGGUGAUCUUUUCAUUCUUGAACGGGUUGAGUUUUUCAUACAAGGACUUACAGUAUUUGCCUCUGGAAUUAGUUUUAAAUGUGUUUUACAUGUGAAAAAGGUUUGUUUACAUGUGUUGACAACCUUUGGGCUAAGUUGAUCAUAUUUUUACUACCAUUGUUGGCUGCAGUACAUGCAUAAAUAGCUAUGAAGUCAUGAACUGAUUGUCCCCAGCAUGAGCUCCUCCUCUACACAAGGUGCAGGCUGCUCCUGCUUGAACCAUACUAACUAACCUGUUGAUUAAGUAGAACCACUGGAUUUGACAUAUUUGAGAAUCUAAAUGUGUGCAGACGUUUAGAGGCUCAGUAACGGCUGAAAGCUAUAGCACAUGUUCAACAAUUGACCUGUAGUCACUCACUGCUUCUCACAGUUCUGCUGAAUAUCCUAAAUAACAGCGGCGCUUGCAGCCCCUACCACUCAGACACACAGGCUGCAGGUGAGCUCUCAGAGGAAGGUAGACAUGUGUCCAAGCAGGACGUCUCUGUAAAGUCAGUAGUGGAUCGUACUGUAAGGAGUAGCUAGGUCUGUCUUUCCUCUGAGACCCAUGCAAAAGCCAAACCCCAGCAGAGUGUGAUUUUAGGAUUCAUGUUUUCUUGCACUUUUCCAGGUUCAGAUGAGGACACAUCAUCUUACACGCUUACCUCACACUAUCCCAGCAGUGCUUUUUCUUAUCCAACUGGUGCAUCAAGUUUACAUUAAGUGUCUUUAUAAUGCACAUCAUACAUGCCUGCAGAAUGUUGGAUGACACAACUUACCACUACUAAGCCACAUGCCGGCUGCAUUAUCAGUCAGUUCACUUAUUCCUAUCAGCAUUUUUUUUUUUUUUGCACUGAUAAUAUGCCACAUAUUUAAAAUGCAGUGCAAUGCCUGUACAAGCCAGCUCACUGCAAAAUGAAUAGAACAUUUGUCUGUCUUAGGAAGACCUAUUGUAUUUAUUAUUUUAUGUAUUGGUGUGGAUACAGUUUUUCCCACUGCUUGUUCUGUUUCUGUUCAAAGUUUUGUAUUUCCAGCCUGUGAAUUUCUGAUAAAGCUGUAAUAUUUAUCUUGUUUAGAAUUAGCAUUGUUUUAACUGACAAUAUCACAUUGUGAGCACAACUUGUGUUGCAUUUAAGCUGUCAAAACUGUUAGCUCUAGAAACUGUACUGUUCAUUUCCCUGACAGAAAAUUCCUUAACAAAUAAAUACAGUUGUAUUCAU